AUGGUCCCAAGCAGACUCCACCCUGUGUUCCUGCUGCCCCUCAUCCUGCUGGCCGCCUGCCUGGCUCUGGCCAGCGGGCAGCCAUGGAAGGAUCUGAAUGACAAAUUCAAUAAGAAACACGUGGACAAUACAACAUCCCCAGCCACCAUGCCUGCUGACUACUGUGAAAAGAUGAUGAGGGCCCGAAAAAUAUACUGGAAUCUGCUCCACACCUUCAUCCAUGCAUCCAUCCCAUCCAUCAACAACAUCUGCUUUGAGGGGAUACCCAUCCAGGGCGGCCUACGCAAGAGCAAAAAUUUCGUCACCAUCACCCAAUGUUUAUUUAAGCCUGACCCGAAAUUGCCGACGUUCUCUUACACUGGGACAGGGGUUUCAAAGCAAAUUGUCAUUGGCUGCUGGAAGAGGCUCCCUGUGCUCUAUGUGGAGGAGGCACUGGGUGCAGUCUGGGUGUAG